AUGAACAGACAAAAAGGCUGCAUUAAAAGGUCUAUAGGCGUGCAAACAACGAACUUGCUUGCUGACCCAAAAAGCUUAACUUAUCUAGUUCAAGGUUUAAUCUCUAGGAGCAUAGCGCAUUUUUUUAUAAAUGAGAACUUAAUUUCUAUUGGUGGUAAAACAGAAGGUAUUUGUCGAAUUAGUAGUGCUGAUCCAAGACUAUCAAGUGUGUCUUUAUAUCUUGAGUAUGAGCUCGGGAAUACCUAUAUUCAUCAGCCAGCUCCAUUACUAUCGGGAUAUCCUUUAAGUCUCAAGAGCCCGUUCAGUAAAUAUAAAAUUGUUACGGGACUUGAUCGUAGCAAGACAAAAUUUAUUGAUAAUAAUAAUUAUGUCAUUGAAUUUGUUGAGAUGAUUGAUUUUACUGAGCAAGAACAUGAACAAAAUUAUCUUUUCGAACUCAAUGCGCUUGUAAAGUCUGGACUUAGCAUCACUGAAGCAGCAACAGGACCAACGACAGCUUCUCAGUCGACCAAAACUGUAAUAACGCAGACAGGAUCUUAUGUUGAAGAUACCAAAGCAUUAACAUAUAUUGCAAAAGGUAUAAUGUUCAAAAGCAUAUGCGAAUUCAACUGGGAUGAAAAGAAAGCGUUUCAUCUGGGGA